CAGCUCUGCUCCACAGAAACAGCAGCAAUGGCUACCAUCAGUCAGAGAUGGAGACCAGACCGAGGACGGGGCUUUAAACAUUAUGUGACUGUUGCCAUUUUAUUAACGAACCUGCUCUUACAGUGCGUCAAUGGAUACCUGAGCUCUCCUCAUGUUGGCCAGGAGCCUCUGUACACCAGAGAUGCCCAGCAUGGACCAGUCAUCACCAGCCCGGUGGUGCCUGCUGCAGCCUCAGCCUCUCCUACUGAUGAAGAGAGCUACACUUCCAAGUGUCCCAGUGGUGGUUUGUGUAACCGCUUGCCUGCUGACUGCAUCCAGUGCAACUACCACCACAACUGCACCUACGGCAAACCUGCAGCUUUCAGCUGUAAACCUAAAAAAGGCGUCCACUGCAUAGGAGAAUCAGGCCAGCAGCAAUCCAAUUUCACCCUCUCCAUCAUCUGUCAGUUCUGCUGGCAGAUGGACCCAUCUCAGUACCGCUGCUCAAACUCCACCAACUGCAUGACGGUUUCUUGCCCCCGAACGCGCUACAACGCUACCUGUGACGCGUUAGAACAUGUUCACUGUCUAGGUCGAAGACGUUUUCAGAAACGUCUGUUCUGUAACUGGACCGGUGGUUACAAAUGGUCGACGGCGCUGGCGCUCAGCAUCACCCUCGGGGGUUUCGGCGCAGACCGCUUCUAUCUGGGCCAGUGGCGGGAGGGUCUGGGAAAGCUGUUCAGCUUCGGAGGCCUGGGCAUCUGGACUCUGAUCGACGUCCUCCUGAUCGGCGUUGGCUACGUGGGACCCGCCGACGGUUCUCUCUACAUCUGACGCAACGCCCCGCUGACUCUGGCUGGCUUGUGCGUCGCUUCUGCUUCUUAAGAUCCGAGAUCUUGUGUUCUUAGCACGUUUCGCCUGCCCGAGCUCGCUGCGCAACACGUCCCCAUCCCAUCUGCUGACAGGCAGGAAGUGUUUUCCUCCGCCACGCCAACGAUAACUCUACCCACACAGCCAUCAGAUCGAUCCCCAUCGCUCCUGUUGAGCGUCCACAGAUGGAGCUGUGCAGGAGGACGAGGAGCCAGCAAUUACGUCUGUCUCGUCGCCUUGACUUCUCUGGUGUUUAAACUCGGCCGUGCUGAUAAAUUGCUCUGGUUUCCCGCGGAGCGGCGCUUUCCUCAGACGCCUUGUCACCUCGGAGCCGUGUAUCGCUCCUCCCCAUCGCAAGGUAAACGCAUCAGCGAGGGUCAAACGGUAACCAUGGCUACAGAGCUUUUUAUAGUAACGCUACACACACAUCCACCAGAGACGUGUUGAAAGCUAAUAUUUAUGUCCUGAAAGAAUGAAUGUGCAGAAGGGAUGUUGUUUUUAUUGAUACGUGUUGCUGUGAAUCAUUUCUACGGUUCUUUGCAUGUUACUUUACAUUUGUUCCACCAGUGAGUCGGCAGUGCACGACACCACUGUAACAUUUCUUGCGGGUGAAACAUAUAAUUUCAUGGCUUUUCUGGUGGCCAUACAGAAACUGGUGAAAGAAUAUUGUAAUCACUUCACAGCAUGUGGUUGAUGUUUGUUCCUGAGUGUUGAAAACACUUAACAUAUCUCGCCCUGGAAAACUGCAGCUUUGUUUCUCGUGUUGAUAUUACUGAAGAUCUCUCCUGCUUCAUGUGGUUAUUGUUCCUCAGUCUGUAUCGUCCUUCAUGCUGUAGAAAACAGAAAUAUCUUCUGUGUGCUAACACUAAGAUUUCUGAUCAAGGCCACCCACUUUAUGUAAAUAUGUUGUUUUUGAUUUUUUUUCCUCUUUUCUUGGACAAUGUAAAUGUUUUUUUUAAGUUAUGUAAAUAAAUCAAUAAAAUUUAUUUGUUUAUCUGAUUUUUUUCUGAAGCGAUGGGCGACGACACAGUUUGAUGUUGCUGACAUGAGUGAAUAUAUUGAAAACAGGAAGUGACAGUGCUGGUCUCUGAUCCUACUCCUUCCAUACGAUAUGACACGGCAGU